AUGCGAUUUUUUCUUCCUCUUGCAGCCAUUUUUGAAGCUCUUUCGAGACCAAAGUCAGGUUUUGCAUAUUGUAUGCAUUCUCUUGCCAGGCGUCUUGCCAGAACAAGUACUUGGACUGUCGCACUGAAAACUUUAAUUAUUAUACAUCGUGCAUUGAGAGAGAUGGUUCCUCCAAUUCAUCAAGAGCUGGUUAGCUAUAGCCAGAGCAGAGUUCUUGUGUUAAACAUGUCACGUUUCACUGAUGAAUCAACCCCUGAUGCAUGGUAUUAUUCUAGUUGGGUUCGGCAUUAUGCUUUAUACCUUGAAGAGCGCCUGGAAAGCUUCAGAAUAUUGAAUUAUGAUGUUGUCAAAGAUGAUUCGAGAACAAAAACGCUUGGGAUUCCAGAACUGCUCGUGCAGUUACCUGCACUACAGGAGCUUCUGUUUCGUCUUCUUGAUUGCCAGCCAGAUAAAGUGACUAGAUAUAAAUCAUUGAUCCAGUAUGCCCUCUCGAUUGUUGCUGCAGAAAGUGUGCAUAUAUACGAAGCAAUAUCUGUGGGAAAUUUCAAACUGUUGGAAAAAUUUUUUAAGAUGCGACGCCAAGACGCUAUUAGAUCACUUGAGAUAUAUCGGAAAGCAACUGCUCAGGCAAAGAAUUUAUCUGAGUUCUUUGAGGUCUGCCAAGGGCUUGAAUUUGGAUCCGGGCAGAUGUACAUUAAAAUUGACGAUGCUCCUGCUUCUUUUGUGAAUGCUAUGAUAGAAUAUGUGAAGGAGGCCCCACAAUCUCCAGUGCUUUCUAAAAAAUGGAAUAACGAUGGAAGUAGUACACCUUCCUUAAAUAGUUCUUCUUCAACACCUGAUCUCCGAACACCUUUCCGUUUCUCUUUUCAUCGUAGUGAUGAAACAAGUACACCUUCCAGAAACAGUGCUUCUUCAGAGCCUGAUUUCCAAACACCUUUGGCUCAGUCUUUUCAUCAUAGUGAUGAACCGAGUACACCUGACAGAUACAGUGCUUCUUCAACACCUGACUUCCGAACUCCUCUGCCUUGGUCUUUUUAUCAUCUUUGCGGAAGUGAUGAUGUGGAUGCUACUGAACUCGGCUCUGAUUCCACAUUUACUUUCCCAACUGUUCACAAGCCUAAUCUUGUGGACCUGGAUGAUUUUACUCAAGACUCAUCACAAAUAUAUGAUGGAAGUGCUCUCUCGCCCAAAAAUCCAGACACAGACUAUCAGCCAAGUUUGUUUACAUUUCCCAGUCCAUCUAACUCUCCCAGCUGGAAGCGACAACUAGUUGCAACACCUAGCACUAGUGGGAUUUCAGUCGAUGGUAGUGAAAUGGCUGUCGGUCUAGACAGAUUGGCACUUGAUAGUCUGUACGAUACAGAAGUGGCAGCAGCGAACGAUAAUGGAAGUUGACAAAUGGAGCCAGUCGCUAACAACCAUUAAAUAAAUGCUCAAUCCUUAGAAGCUUACCAGCCAGUAGCAGUUGAUAAUGAUAAUACAGAGGGCACUUCAUAUCCAAUUUCAUCUGAAUCAUUCAACUCUGCCUAGACGAACUGGACACAGAUAAAGGAAAACAGCAACUACUCCAACAGAUAAUUUGGCAAUCCUCUAAGGCUGUUGUUUAGCAAUCUUGUUGCAAGUCCUACAUCAUGAGAUAACCAGCUGAAAAUCGUAGCAUGUGUAUAGUCACAAAGAUAAUUGUAAAGAGGGUAAGUUUUGGUCACAAUGUUAGUUAAAAUCAAUAAUUUAUAUUACUUUAUAUCGAGUUAUAAAUCAAUAAUUUAGAUUAUUUUUUAUCGAGGUAAAGACGGUAAGUUUUGGUCCCUAAUUUAGCAUAUAUAUAUUGUGCUAGUUGAGGAAGGUUUGUAAAAUUAAUGUUUCUAGAAUUUUGAACUAGUAGAAAGGUAAAUUUUGAGAGGCCUGAUCUCUGGUUUGCGGUAGGCGUAACUGGUUUGCCGUAGGCGUGGAAAGUAUAUAUCAAUCAAAUCCAGAUUAUGAGUAUUGGAAUAUUUGUUUUGCCGUAAGCAUGGUCAGU